AUGAUGAAAACUUACUAUGAUGAAAACACAGUGAAUAAAAAGAACUCGUUAAAUGAUCAUAUAAGUCUAAAAUACAAAAUUUACAAUGUUUUUCAGGGCAGCUUCCAAAACGGUUUAGGGGUGAAGAAGGCAGAGAAAGAGCUGGCUGGACCCUGGGACUCUCCUACGCUGGGCGGGGACGGCCCUGGGAAGUGGGAGGGGAAGGGGCGGACCGCCAGGACAGUAGGGCGGGGCCACAACCCAGGGGGCGGAGUUAAAGGGGUCCUGGGGGCGGGGCCAUAUACCGGGGGCAAGGCUAAGGUCUUCAGCCCUACGGCGUACGAGCGCCUGGCACUGCUGCUCGGCGGCCUCGCGCUGCUGGGCGUCGGCGGCAACCUGCUGGUGCUGUUGCUCUACUCCAAGUUCCCGUGGCUGCGCACGCCCACCCACCUCUUCCUGGUCAACCUCAGCCUGGGCGACCUGCUGGUGUCCCUGUUCGGAGUCACCUUCACCUUCGCGUCGUGCCUGCGGAACGGCUGGGUGUGGGACGCUGUGGGCUGCGCGUGGGACGGGUUUAGCGGCAGCCUCUUCGAGAAGAGUUCCAGUCUCAAAUGCUUAUGUGAUGCAUGAUAACAUUUACCACUAAGGUGAAAUGCAGAAAUGAAAGGACUCAUCCGUUUGAGUAUUCUCAGAUAUGAUUACAUGCACUUUAUCAUGUUUUCCAUGC